AUGGGGUGGAUGAGUCGAUUUCUGGCGGCGGUGGCAUUCUUGGCUAUCGGAGUGAUAUUCUCUCCGGAAACAUUCGGAUCAAAAUCCGACGGCCAGGAACCCCCCAAGCUCACCACCUUCCUCAAACUAGCCCACCUCCUCUGCUUCUCCACAGCUUGGGGCGCUGCUUUAUGGGUCACCUUCAUCGGCGGCAUCAUAAUGUUCAAGAAUUUACCGAGGCAUCAAUUUGGUAAUUUGCAAAGCAAGAUGUUUCCGGCAUACUUUUCGAUGGUUGGUGUGUGUUGUGUGGUGUCGGUGGCGUGUUUCGGAUACUUACACCCGUGGAAGACUUCGUCUACUACGGAGAAGUACCAGCUCGGGUUCCUUCUCGCUGCUUUCGCUUUCAAUCUCACCAAUCUUUUUGUCUUCACGCCCAUGACCAUUGAGAUGAUGAAGCAAAGGCACAAGGUUGAGAGAGAAGCGAACAUCGGAGAAGAAGUUGGUUGGACUAAGAAUCAAGAAGUUGCAAAGGUUAAUCCAAAACUUAAAGCAAUGAAUAAGAAAUUUGGGAUGAUUCACGGACUAUCUUCUCUCGCUAAUAUCAUGUCUUUUGGAAGCCUUGCAAUGCAUUCGUGGUACCUAGCGGAGGAAAUUGCACAAACUGCAUCAUGUAUCCCCUGGAAGCAGUCACUAAUAUAAUGAAAGAAAUCGUGAAUGCAGUAAACCAAAACAAGAAGAGGAGUCUCACCCUACAUAGCAUCCCAAACAAAAAAAAAAAAUUACUUCUCUCCUGCAAAAUAGAUAUAAAUGGAUUUAUCUUCACUGUAUUCGUAUCGCGUGUUUUGUAUAUGUUAAUCUUUUCAUGGUAACAUGUUUU